ACUCAGUUUGAAUUAUAAUGUGGCACACAAUACACAAAUUUAGUUUUAAGAUAUGGGUUAUAAUGUGGAACACAAUACACAAUCACAUGACAGGAUAUCGUCUGUAACCAUAGAAAAUAUCAAUAGUGACAAAAAUGGCUUCCAAUAUGGAAAGUUCAAUUUAUAGAGGAUCAGAAUCAUUUUUUGAUUUUUCUUGUUUCACCUGUCAGGAAAAUGAUAGAAACACAGAGGCUGGAUUUUACUGUGAGGAAUGUUCUAAAUUUUACUGUAGCAAAUGUGUGGAGUAUCAUAAUUAUCUUUACAAGAAGCAUGCAAUUUUGAGCAAAGAAAACAUCAGCCUAUGGCCUGAUACUGAUGUGGUUGAACAAGACAAAUGUAAGGAGCACCGGAAAGAAAAACUAACCAUAUUCUGCGAGGACCACAGUGAGCUGAUAUGUCAUGUCUGCCAGUUCCAUAAUCAUCAGAAAUGCAGUCAUUUGGUUCUAAUAUCUGACAAAGUGAAACAGCUGCAUCAAAAAGGAGACUUCAAGCAGUUGUCAGCAACUAUUUAUACACAACACCAGAAAUUGAUACAUGAGAAAGAUGACUUAGAGGAGAAUAUUAAGUCUCUUGAGAAAUCGUACACGAGAAUUCUGGAAGAAAUCAAUGCAUUACGAAAAACAAUUAACGAUUCUUUGGAUCAACUGGAGAAAUAUACCAAGAAGGAGUUGGACACAUUUCUGGUCACAAUGAGAACAUCAAUUCAAACUGACAUUGAAAACUGCACUGACUCCAUCAAAAAUAUUACAUGUCAUCAUGAUGAUUUCCUGAAAAUAAAAGACAAAAGUGAAGCACUUAGUUUUAUCAAGUACAGAAAAUGUAUUGACCAGUCCCUUAAGGUAGAAUCAGCUUUACAAGAAAUGACAACAAAGACUGAAAUGACACUUACCUUUAGACCUGAUACAACCAUCCAACAAACCCUGUCCACUCUCUCGGGAUUGGGACAAAUACUGAGAACAGUGGAACAAUCAGACCCUGCUAAAAGGACAACACAGAAAACGGACAGCAGACAGAAUAAUCCCAAAGAAACCAGCCAGUCUGACCCUGGACACCAAACAACUUCAGGAUUCAAGGUAAACAAAUCCAAUCCAGAAUCCAGUACAUCUAGAAGUUAUAGCCCUGGAAACGGAACAAGUGAUCUGACCAAGUCAGGCCAAGUAUUUGAUCCAGUAUCAAGUUCAUCACACCAGCUGGUCCAGGGAUAUCAAUCAGGGGCAGUAAACAGGUCUGAUCAAAUCAUAAAAGUGAAGAGUAGUAAGAAUUACAGUGUGAAUAUUAAGGGUGAUACAAAAAAAUGCAACAUAAGAGGUAUCUGUGAGACAGCUUCUGGAGAACUCCUCAUCGCAGACUGGAACAACAAUAAAGUGAAGCUCAUGGAUCAUACCUACAAGGUGGUGUCCCAAUGUGACUUGCCUAGGACACCAUGGUCCAUGUGCAGCAUUGACUCCAGUCUGGUGGCGGUUAGUAAUGGGAAUGGAAAAGAAAUCCACUUCAUCAGAGUGAUCAAUGGACAGUUGAUAAAGGACAGGAUACUGCAGUUCCAACAUGAUUGCUGGGGUAUUGCCCAUCAGCAUGGUAACCUGUACAUUACAGAUGGUAGUGCUCUGUAUCUCUAUACUCUGGAUGGAAGACUGGUGAGGGAGAUGUAUAAGGAUACAUCAAGUUACAAUACAGUAAUGUCCUGUGCAGUGAGUCCAGAUGGUGACAGGAUAUAUGUGACCAACAAUAACAGUAAGCAGCUGGUCACAUUGUCCAGGGAUGGCACAGUGAUCUCCACCCUGACUGUACCUGGCCUGGACCCACUACCUGGCCUGCAUGUGACAGAUUCAGAACAUGUUCUGGUGUGUGGAAGCUGGUCUAACAAAAUCGUCCAGGUUGACAAAGAUGGGAGACAGAUACUGGCAGAGGUGGUCACAAACAAUGAUGGUGUGACUCUCCCUAUGUCUGUCUACUACAGUAAGAACACAGGAUCAAUCAUUGUAGGAAUGGAUGGCGAUGACAUCAUAGUGUUUAAGGCAGUGUGACUGUUAGAAAAGGAUGAUGUUCAUGUAUAAUAAUCUUGAGUAAAUCCAUGAGACCAACAUAAUUAACAUUACUCUACCUUAUAUUACAGGACAGGGCAGAAUGUCCUGUACUAACAAGUACAACUUGUAAUUUCAAUUUCCAGAUUGAAAAAGCUCCCCUCCCCACUGCAUUUACAGUUGCAGUUAUGUGAUGCUAGUUUCAUCUGCAUACCUUAUGCUAUGGUCACCAUAUUCCCUAUGUUUUAAUUUUUAGUAUAGGAACUGCAGCUGGUCUCUUCUGUUGCAAGGCAGAGUCUGUUUGUCAGAUAUUUCAACAGUUGCUAUUACAAAUAUUAAUUAAAUGUUAGGGGCCUAUCAGGGUCAUUAUCCACACUAUCACAACAUCCAAAUAUGAAAGGGUAGGCAGAUUUGAAUAAAAGCCAGGAACAGCGAGAAUCUGGGGAUAUGGAAUUGAGUGUAUUCAUGUUAUAGUACAAAAAGUGUGAAUGAGUUAUUCUUUAAUUUAAUUGGUGACGGUGUAUAUAUGUAUAAUUUUAGAGUUUCAAUAAAAUGUAGUCUAUA